CUCACUCACCCCUCCCCAACACUCCGCCCCGGGCUCGGAUGACUCCGCCUCUCCGUGUCGGGUAGCUCUUCAGCGGUAGCAGGGAAAGGAAGGGAGCGCUUCCCCGGAGGACAAGGCUGGGCUCUGAGGCUCGGAAGCCGACGCCGCCAGCUCAAUUAUAGGGGAGGAACAGGACUGCCCGCACAGCCUGCGCCUAGGCGAAACCGAUCCCCAGCAGCCUCAUGGGACGCUCCAGAGGACUCCCUCUGUGCCCUGCCACCGUGCUCCGAUCCUAGGCGUCCGGACUCCACGGUUCACCCUGCUCGCAGCCCGCGGCCUGUCCAGAGUGGAGUAUGCGGCCCGGGGCCCCAUGGACUCCGGCCACCGGGGGCGCUGGCCUAGCUUCGGAGGCAGGAGCCCGAGGGCAGCAAGUGAGGAACCGCGAGAGGCUGUAAGGCGUCGGGGCGCGGAGAGUAGCGCUCCAGCCCCGGUGUCCGCUGGGCCGGACGACCGGUUCGCGGCCUGAACGCCCGGCAGGAGGCGGAUCGCCCUGCCGUCCCGGUUCCGGGAAGACUGCAGGGGGGCUCCGCCGCGGCCCCUGACCUCUGGCCACCAUCCUCACGCUCCUGCUCCUACGGCGGGGAUGUCACGGCCCCGGCUCCGAGCGCCGCCCCAGCCCCGGGGCUGAGCUGCGGACCAUGUCCUCUCGCAGCCCCCGGCCCCCGCCCCGCCGCUGCCGCCGCCGCCUGCCGCGCCCCUCCUGCUGCUGCUGCUGUUGCCGCCGCUCGCACCUCAACGAGGACACCGGCCGCUUCGUGCUGCUGGCGGCGCUCAUUGGCCUCUACCUGGUGGCGGGCGCCACCGUGUUCUCCGCGCUCGAGAGCCCGGGCGAGGCGGAGGCGCGGGCGCGCUGGGGCGCCACGCUGCGCAACUUCAGCGCUGCGCACGGCGUGGCGGAGCCGGAGCUGCGCGCCUUCCUCCGGCACUACGAGGCCGCGCUGGCCGCCGGGGUCCGCGCCGACGCGCUGCGCCCGCGCUGGGACUUCCCUGGAGCCUUCUACUUCGUGGGCACCGUGGUGUCGACCAUAGGUUUCGGCAUGACAACACCAGCCACAGUGGGCGGGAAGGCCUUCCUCAUCGCCUACGGACUGUUCGGCUGCGCGGGGACCAUCUUGUUCUUCAACCUCUUUCUAGAGCGCAUCAUCUCGCUGCUGGCCUUCAUCAUGCGCGCCUGCCGGGAGCGCCAGCUGCGCCGCAGUGGCCUGCUGCCCGCCACCUUCCGCCGCGGCUCGGCGCUGUCGGAGGCCGACAGCCUGGCGGGCUGGAAGCCCUCGGUGUACCACGUGCUGCUCAUCCUGGGCCUGUUCGCCGUGCUGCUGGCCUGUUGCGCCUCGGCCAUGUACACCAGCGUGGAAGGCUGGGACUACGUGGACUCGCUCUACUUCUGCUUCGUCACCUUCAGCACCAUCGGCUUCGGGGACCUGGUGAGCAGCCAACACGCCGCCUACCGGAACCAGGGGCUCUACCGCCUGGGCAACUUCCUCUUCAUCCUGCUCGGGGUGUGCUGCAUCUACUCGCUCUUCAACGUCAUCUCCAUCCUCAUCAAGCAGGUGCUCAACUGGAUGCUGCGCAAGCUGAGCUGCCGCUGCUGCACGCGCUGCUGCCCGGCUCCCGGCGCGCCCCUAGCCCGGCGCAACGCCAUCACCCCGGGCUCCCGGCUGCGCCGUCGCCUGGCCGCGCUGGGUGCCGACCCCGCGACUCGCGACAGCGAUGCGGAGGGCCGCCGCCUGUCGGGCGAGCUCAUCUCUAUGCGCGACCUCACGGCGUCCAACAAGGUGUCGCUGGCGCUGCUGCAGAAGCAGCUGUCCGAGACGGCCAACGGCUACCCGCGCAGCGUGUGCGUCAACACGCGACAGAACGGCUUCUCGGGCGGCGUGGGCGCGCUGGGCAUCAUGAACAACCGGCUGGCAGAGACCAGCGCCUCCAGGUAGAGCGGCCGCCCGCCCCCAGCGUCGCGGACCCGGCCCGGGCUGCGCGCCGCCGGGCGGGUUUGCUUCACUUCUCUCCGAGAUGGCGCUUUCUUAAUCUUUAUCCAAUAAAAACGAAAC